UUCAUUUCCUUUUCCUUCUAGUGUUGUUGUGUGUGUGAGAGAGAGACACACAAACAGAAACACUUCACAUCUUUUAACUUCUUCAAAUGUUUUUAUGGUGGUGGUUUUGACUGACUGACUGAGCUACUUUUUCGUUUCUUUUUUAUAAAAGUUUCUUGUGUUGGGAAGAAUUUGUGUGUGUGUUCAGUGUUCGUGCUUUAGAUUUAAGUUUAGGCCCAUAUAUCAUUAUUAUAUAUGGACAACAGAGCAGGAAGGCCAUUAUUUCUACCAUCUGAAGAUGGUUUGUAUAAGGAGCUAUGGAAAGCAUGUGCGGGUCCAUUAGUUGAUGUUCCAAAAGAUGGUGAAAGAGUUUUCUACUUUCCACAGGGUCACAUGGAACAACUAGAGGCGCCAUCGAAUCCGGAUUUGAAUGAAACUAUUCCUCACUUCAAUCUUAAUUCAAAGAUCCUGUGUCGGGUUGUUCAUACGCAGCUUCUGGCUGAGCAAGAUACAGAUGAAGUUUAUGCUCAAAUUACUCUACUUCCAGAGCAAGAUCAAAGCGAUCCUACUAGUCCUGAUAUAUGUGUUGCUGAGCCUCCAAAACCAACAGUCCAUUCGUUCUGCAAAGUCUUGACUGCAUCAGAUACGAGCACUCAUGGUGGUUUUUCAGUGCUCCGAAAGCAUGCAAAUGAAUGUCUGCCUCCAUUGGACAUGGCUCAGCCAACUCCCACUCAGGAGCUAGUAGCCAAGGAUCUCCAUGGCACUGAGUGGCAAUUUAAGCAUAUAUUCAGAGGUCAACCGCGAAGGCAUUUGCUUACAACAGGAUGGAGUACUUUCGUCACUUCUAAAAGAUUGAUGGCAGGGGAUUCAUUUGUAUUUCUUAGGGGUGAGAAUGGUGAGUUAUAUGUCGGAGUAAGACGUGUUAGUCAACCGCAUAACUCCAUGCCAUCUUCAGUCAUUUCGAGCCGAAGCAUGCGCCUUGGAGUGCUUGCAACUGCAUCACAUGCUGUUUCUACACAAACCCGUUUUCUUGUUUACUACAAGCCAAGGACAAGUCAGUUUAUCAUAGGCUUGAACAAGUAUAUAGAAUCUAUAAAAAAUGGAUUUACUGUUGGUAUGAGAUUCAACAUGCGAUUCGAGGGCGAAGACUCUCCAGAGAGAAGGUUUACGGGUACAAUAAUUGGGGUUGAAGACCUGUCUCACCAGUGGAAAUCUUCAAAAUGGCGAUCUCUGAAGGUCCAAUGGGAUGAACCCACAUCGAUAGCGAGACCAGAAAGGGUUUCUCCAUGGGAGAUUGAGACAUAUGUCAACCCAAUUCCAACAAGCUUGGUUCAACCGAUGACACCUAAAAAUAAAAGGCCUCGACCUCCGGUGAUCAUCCCUUAUCCUGAACCGGCAUCUUCAACUGUAUCUACUGUUUGGAAUCCUUCACAUGAUAAAACAGAAAAAGGUGAGACAGAAGAUAGAAAAGGUCUCAUGAGUUGGUCUCUCCAUUCAAAUUCAAAUUAUAUGCCUCAAGAAUCCAUAAAAGUGGCCAACGAUUCAGAUUACAGCCCACAUGAUGUGAAGAAGUCUGAAAAUAUUUCAAGUUGUAGAUUAUUUGGUUUUGACUUAAAGAUUGCUCCCAAAGCCAAAGAUGAUGAAAUAGCUGAGGUUUCCCCAUUGGUCAAAACGCAUGAACCGACUGGGAUUUCUGACCAGAAGUCCGAUCCCCUAUCGAAGGAUCGUAUAGAUGGUCAAAGCAGACAAACUACUUUGAGCCGGAGCCGUACUAAGGUUCAAAUGCAAGGAGUAGCAGUGGGCCGUGCAGUUGAUUUAUCCAUGUUAAAAGGGUAUGAUGAGCUUAUAGAUGAACUUGAAAACAUGUUUGAGAUCAAGGGGAAGCUUCGCCCUAGAAAUCAAUUGGAAAUCGUGUUCACUGAUGAUGAAGGAGACAUGAUGCUCAUGGGUGAUGAUCCAUGGCAGGAAUUCUGUAAAAUGGUGAAGCGAAUUAUGAUUUGUUCAAGUCAAGAUGUGAAGAAAAUGAGAUCUGGAAGCAAGCUGCAACUUUCUUCUUCCACUGACAACGAAGUCUCUGGCUUUUGCGUGGAAGCUGCCGUUGAAAAUUGAGAAGUCGUUCACUUCCUUGUAUGUAAUGUCCCCUGUUUUAUUGAAAUUUUUGUGGGCUUUUGUUUUUCUUUUUCUAAAGUCAGGUGCUUGAAGAACAAUGAAUGGGGAAUAAUGGCGCAAAUAAUGUCAUUAGUAGGGUAGGAUUAGGAUCUGUGUGUAUUAGUGGUUAAAUGUUUGAUAUCGAAUGUCGGAGAUAUUCAAAGCGGCCCCUUGCGCUAUAAUUCUGGCCAAGUGAUGAGCAGUUGCAUAUCUGUAUCUGUAAUAUAUUAUAAGUGGAUGUAUGUCUUCUGUUUUUGCUUGAGGAUAUGAGUCCGUAUGAUAAGAUAUCUGUUCGUAUUAGUGAUCUGUGUAACUGUGUUUGUAUGCUGGUGUAAGAUUAUGAAUGUGUAUGAUAAAGUGAAAUGUUAGAUA